CAAAAUCAAUUUCCAGUACGCAUGCGUCUGCAAGUUAGUUCGUAUCGAUAUUAAAAGUGUAUCAAAACAUAAGUACCGAAACUACGCUUGUACUAUUUUGAGUAAAGUGAAUAUUACAAAAUUAAUUUGCAGAACUUAUUUAUAAUAUCGACUUUGCAUCCAACAUACAAUAAUCGGAAACGUAGUUAAGAUGAAUAGAGCACUUUGUUUUGCACGCACCCUAAACUUCACCUGUAAGCGAUAUUCAAGUUUUAAAAAAUUGCCUGCUGAACUGAUUGUGCCACUAAAUAAAGAAAUGAUUGUCUGUUGGCAUCCGGAACAAGAAUUCCCAUAUGAAUGUUCGUUGCCUCUACCAGAAGAGAAACAACCUGUAUCAGAUUCUGUAUUAUGUAUUGGAGGAAAGGAAAUAGCAGAGGUAUUCUAUAAUAAACGAAGAGAAGAAGUUAUCCAAGAGCUUGCAAAAAUAUCGUAUACGACAAAACACAGGUGGUAUCCAAAAGGCAAAAAGGCCAAGAGAGCGAGAAAAACAGAGCCAGAGAGGACAUACUUAUGAAAGUAUCAAAGUAAUACAUUUUAUUAAAACUUCAUAGUCAUAAAAUUAUUAAGUAAACACUAUUUUGAAAAGAUA